AUGGAAAGAUUCCUGGAGCAGUUGCGUCGAUUGCAGAAUCAGUUCGAUGCACUUAAUGGUUGUGAUCAUGAGGAUGCUUUAGCUGCCGUAACAGAAGCGGUCGCUUAUAUGAGGGAUGCAACUAUCCGGACACGUGUUGAAAAAGAAGUUGAACUCACUUUGGCUUGGAAAGCUGAGAAGAUGAUCGUGGAACGCUUCGCCGGUGACUAUUCGUUGAUGAGUUUAUGUGGCGGUCCUUCAACUUCGUUCGAUCAAGGACCACAUUCGUUUUGCUGUGAGAGCUUUGAUGGUAAAGACACCGAAUGUGUUUGGUCGCAAUCGUACGACAGUGAGCAAAGUGUAGGAGGGAUUCUGGGAACAAAACGAGAAGAACUGCAUCUUUUGGAAUCACCUGAAUCAGAGGUCCAAUUCUUGGAAGCUGAAUGUUCCUUUCGGAGUCAGUUAGAUCUGACAACAACCAAAAAUGCUCUUAAAGAUAUUGAUGUAACAGUGCCUUUAUCUGUACGUGAACCAACAAAAAUAAACGAACCGGUUUUCACGGGUAACGGUCUCAGGACUGGCAAGGAAAAUCGAUUUAUAUGUGCAACAUGCGGUUACUCAGGGAAUAAUCGGAAAGCAUUGUACAGACACGGGUUGAAAACGAAACAUCUACUGAGGUCAUCAAACUCUGCCGGAUCGUUGUCAUGUAAAUUCUGUUCAUUCCGAACGAACAAAACAUUUAACUUCAAUCGACAUAUUAAACGUUUUCAUAUGCAGAAAUGA